AUGUCAACUUUGAGAGCUGGGAGGGCUCGUCUGUCCUCUGGUCUCUUUCGAACGAUCCUCCGAUCAAAACGUACGACCGAACAAUCCACGGAAUUGACUCCAUGCACUUUUUCUCUCGACCCUAACGUGCUUGGGGAUAUUGCUCAAUCCAAAGACAUCCAGGCACUCCAAGCCUUUGGUGGCGUACGGGGUCUAGAGGAAGCACUACGCACCGAUGUCCAAUCUGGUCUAAGCCUGGACGAGACGUACCUGGAUGUUCAUGGGAAUGUUGCCGCAAGCAUCACAGGUACUAAGCUCACGGAGAAGGCCACUCUCUCUGGACCUGUUGUAUUGGUGGAUCUCCAUCGAGAUGCAUUUGUUGACAGGAGGAGAGUCUUCGGGGACAAUCGCCUACCCACGACACCAUCCCCGAGCUUCUUGUCGUUGAUGUGGGCAGCUUAUAACGAUCCCGUCCUCUUCCUUUUAACUGCAGCUGCUAUCAUCUCACUCGCUUUGGGUCUGUACCAGACAUUCGGGACCAAGCAUUCUGCCGACAAUCCGCCCGUCGAAUGGGUGGAAGGUGUUUCGAUCCUCGUCGCCAUCGUCGUCAUUACUCUCGCCGGUGCCGCGAAUGAUUACCAAAAGGAAUGCAAGUUUCGAAAACUCAACAAAAAGCAACAAGCUCGCGAUGUCUGGGCCCUUCGCUCCGGAAAGACUCACGAAAUCCCGAUCUCGGACGUUGUGGUCGGGGAUAUGAUCCACAUCAGUCCUGGGGAUAUUGUGCCUGCAGAUGGGGUUCUAAUAAGGGGUCAUCAGAUUAAAUUGGACGAGUCUUCAGCAACUGGCGAGUCUGAUCCAGUCGAUAAAACCCCUAUUGAGACAAACCAGAGCGACUCUCAACAGGCGGCGGAUCCCUUCAUCCUGUCUCAUACCAAGGUUGUGGAAGGCGUGGGUUUCUAUCUUGUCCUGGCUACGGGUUCAAAAUCAAGCUACGGAAAGAUUCUCCUUUCCCUCGACACCGAUAUAGGAUUUACCCCGCUUCAAAUAAGACUUAGCAAUCUUGCAAAGAACAUCGCCAGGUUCGGUGCAUUUGCGGCUCUUGUGCUCUUCUUGAUCUUGUUCAUUCAGUUCUGUGUUGGGCUCCGGUACAGGAACGAUUCUGCUUCAGACAAGGGACAAUCAUUUUUGGAUGUCUUCAUUCUAGCCCUGACUGUUGUUGUGAUCGCUGUUCCCGAGGGACUCCCCUUGGCAGUUACACUUGCAUUGUCCUUUGCAACUACCCGAAUGAUGAGAGAUAAUAACUUGGUUCGACAACUCAGAGCAUGUGAGACGAUGGGCCAAGCUACGGAUAUCUGCUCAGACAAGACCGGGACAUUAACGCAAAACGAGAUGACUGUCGUGUCGGGUUUCUUCAGUGGUACCUUGCAAUUUACCGAUCAAGCUAGCAUUUCAGAAACUUCGGGUGAAGAACCCUCUGUGGCGAAAUGUAUGAGCAAGCUCUCAAAGCAAUCAAGUGCCCUUUUGAAGCAAGCCAUUGUCCUAAACUCGACUGCAAUCGAAAGUGAACAUGGGGAGGAUCGGCAGUUCCUUGGGUCCCAAACGGAGGCUGCUUUAUUGAGAUUCUCUCGGGACUAUCUAAAUUUGGGUCAACUUGACUACGAGCGGGCCAAUGCAAAAAUCGUGGAUCUUUUACCUUUUGAUGCUUCGCGAAAAUACAUGAUUUCAAUUUCAAAGCUUACCACCGGUUCCUAUCGAGCAUAUAUUAAAGGGGCCCCUGAGAUUCUUCUCGCGAAAUGUGUCACGACAAUUGCGCAGCCAAUGCAAGGAAUCGAAACUGCACCACUCACGGACGAAGGUGUGGAAAAGAUACGUCAGACAAUUUCCCAGUAUGCCUCGAGAUCUUUGCGCACGAUUGCCAUUUGCUUCCGUGAUUUCGAAAAUCUACCCUUCAUGGGUGAGGGCGAGGUCGUCAAUUUCGAAGAGGUUGCGAAAGAUCUCACAUUCCAAGGUGUUCUGGGUAUACAAGACCCUCUCCGAGCCGAUGCACGGGAUGCUGUAGAAACCAGUCACAAUGCGGGCCUUACUGUACGAAUGGUUACUGGUGACAACCUUAUUACAGCAAGAGCCAUUGCAGAAGAAUGCGGAAUAAUUCGCGGGCCAGAUGAUAUUGUAAUGGAGGGUGGUGCAUUUCGCGGGCUAAGCGAAUCCCAGCAGAAGGAGCUGGCCCCACGCCUCAAGGUUUUAGCUCGAUCUCGUCCAGAUGAUAAGCGAAUUCUGGUUCAGUGCCUGAAGGAUCUCGGUAGAGUCGUUGCUGUCACUGGAGAUGGCACCAACGAUGCUCCUGCCCUUGCAGCUGCUGACAUCGGAUUCUCGAUGGGAAUCUCUGGCACUGAGAUUGCUCGGGAGGCAUCCUCAAUCGUUCUAAUGGAUGAUACAUUCUCUUCAAUUGUCAAGGCUAUUAUGUGGGGAAGGGCAGUCAGUGAUGCUGUGAAGAAGUUCUUGCAGUUCCAAAUUACCAUUACUUUUACUUCUGUUGGCCUUGCAUUUGUGUCAGCGGUGGCCAAUUCAUCACAGGAAUCGGUUCUGACCCCAGUACAGCUCAUGUGGGUGAACCUAUUUCAAGAUACCCUAGCAGCUCUGGCACUAGCAACCGACCCUCCUUCUCGACGUAUCCUUGACCGCAAACCCGAGCCCGUAUCUACACCCUUGAUUACUCCGAUCAUGUGGAAGAUGAUAAUCGGCCAGUCUUUAUAUCAGAUGGCCGUCACACUCAUUCUGUACUUUGCAGGCUCUUCAAUCUUUUCCUAUAAAACUGCUGUUGAGACAUCACAGCUGCAGACUGCUGUAUUCAACACUUACGUGUGGAUGCAAAUAUUCAAUAUGUACAACAACCGACAAAUCGAGCGAUCUUUCAACCUUCUCGAAGGAAUACAUCACAAUUGGCUCUUUAUUGCGAUCACCUGCAUCAUGAUGGGGGCUCAAAUACUGAUCAUGUUUGUCGGCGGGCGAGCGUUCUCAAUCACAAAAUUGACCGGCGAUCAAUGGGCUUAUUCCGUUGUUCUCGGUGCAAUUUCGAUUCCCAUUGGCUUCCUGUUGCAAGGAAUACCCACAAUCAUUAUUGAGAAACCAAUGGCCGGCAUGGAAAGAAUAUGGCAGCGAUUGCGUCGUCGAUGA